AUGUUCUUGAUGUCUACUCUCCUCCUAUUACUUCUACCUACCUCACUCUCCGCCAAAACCAUACCUCGAGCCGACGACAUCGAGAUCCACACGAAGCCAAAUAUAUGCCUUCCGCAUGACGGCUUCGGCAGCAUGACGGUCAAUUUCCGCAACCCAGAUGAGAACACGGUCGAAUACGCGGUCGUCACCAAAUAUACAACCUAUUACCCCGACAUCCUCAAAAACGCCUUGGCUGUCAAGGGCUUCCAACUUUCCGGACUGGAGAACGAUCAACUAUGCGGCUGGACAAAAGCUGCAGCCGUGUAUAGCACACUAGGACUGGACUUCCACAGCCACCGCGGUGAUAUCUACUGGAAACACAGCGACGCUCACUCAGUUGGCGGCCCAAGGGAUUCUGUCGGCCCUUCGAAAAGGUCUGCUAACAAAGCAGCCCGCCUCCCGUCUUCAAUCAAGGAUAGUGUUGUAGCCAUCAGUAAUGUACUCAUCGCCAACCCACCCGCCGGCGACGUCUACAUGUUCAGCACCAUCAUCCUCGCCUGGACCACGAGUCUCUUCGGCUACAUCCUCCUCAUGCUGCUGCUCAUGGCCUGCAUCAGAAAAGCUGAUCGAACCACCAACACGUCAAAGGAUAACGAGGUUGACGAGGGCAUCGAGCUCGAAUCCAUCAAAGCACCUGAUACAGAGAGCCUGGCGAGAACCGACUCCGCAGCGGCCGGGCCAUUCGAGGACGUCAAAUGGGAAUACCCCAGCCCUCAGCGUUCUACCGAUACGAAGCGGGCCGAACCGCUUCCUAUGUACUCGGUUUGGGGAUCUCGUCAUGCGGUGGCUUGA